UGUACGCAUCGUAAGCGGCCGCACACUGUCGGCAACAUGGUGGCCUUUAGUCUGUUGCGAUUCUCCUCUCGGCAAGGAAGCCUGCUUCUUCGGCUGAACAAACCAGUUUCCACUCUACAAACAUUAUUAAAAGCUCCAGGAGUCACCUCUGCUGUUGUCCGGCAUAUGGGAGCUCAUAAACAUGUUAUCCCCAUACAACCAUCAAGAUUUGAAUGGCAUCGAUUCAGAAAUGAUUUCCAUUUCUUUACAUUGCUCGGUGUCGUACCUCUUGGACUCCUCACCAUUUAUGUGAACCUCUUUGUCGGCAAUGCCGAACUUGCUGAUAUUCCUGAGGGUUAUGAGCCUGAAGACUGGGAAUAUUCCAAGUCUCCCAUUUCGCAGUUCUUGUGCAAACGGCUUUAUGAUCCAAUGCAGAUGUCAUAUGAAAAGAGAUUGCAUCAUCUACAUGAAAAGAAUGAGCGACGCAAACAAAAGCUUCUGGAGAGGGAAGUCCAUGAGGUGAUGGCCAGCAAACAGGAUUACAUGGGUUGGUAUUACGUUCCAGUCAGCAAAUCAUAUGUCGAUGAAGGCAAGAAGUUUACCAAAGACGGUGCAAGAGACUAUGGCCUCGAAGAAUAGUCAGCAGAUGUCAGAGAGAUAUAAAUAUUGCACUGGAAUUUUCUAGAAGACCAGACAUCAAAAGAAUUUCCUCCCCCCACUUUUUUUUUUUGCCUUUUCAGAAAAUUGUUAGCAAUUAUAACUUUUAUUAAAUAUAAAUUACUUUAUCAAAA